CAAAUAGAAACCCCAAUGCACAUCAACUCCUCCACCGUUCUCCAUCGACAUUUGAUCUCUUUCUAAGUCUACUUUGCCAUCCAACUCCUGAUUUCCCUUGUCUCAACAUGACGUCAAUAGGCACGGGCUACGACCUUUCGAAUUCAGUCUUCUCUCCCGACGGCCGCAAUUUCCAAGUCGAAUACGCCGUCAAGGCCGUUGAGAAUGGUGGGACCGCCGUUGGCAUCAGAACAAAAUACGGCGUUGUGCUCGCUGUUGAGAAGAUCAUCACAUCAAAGCUACUGAAGCCCAGCGCCAAUAAGAGGAUAGCUACCGUCGAUCGUAACGCCGGCAUUGUCACUUCGGGGCUGAUUCCAGAUGGUCGCCAUCUCACCAGCAGAGCCAGAGAUGAAGCCAGCAGUUGGAGACAGACAUACAAAGGCCCCAUUCCUAUUUCUGCACUCGCUUCGAGAGUCGGGGGUUAUGUACAAGCAUACACUCUCUACUCUAGUGUACGGCCAUUUGGAGUGACAGCUAUUUUGGCUGGCUGGGACUCAGAGGCUGAGAUUGGUGUUGAUGGCCAAGUGGGCAAUGGGCCUAAGACUGGCAAGGGCGGGAAAGUCGAGGACGAAGCCGUCAAACGAGGCGGCCCAGGACUGUAUAUGAUCGAGCCCAGUGGCCUUUACUGGGGAUAUUACGGCGCGGCUACUGGUAAAGGACGACAAGCUGCCAAAGCCGAACUCGAGAAACUAGACCUGGCUUCACCCACCUGCGAACUCACCCUCAAAGAAGCUGUGAUGGAAGCGGCAAGAAUCAUCUACGUCGCUCACGAGGACUCUAAAGACAAGGAAUUCGAGUUGGAGGUUACGUGGAUUUCCUCAUUAGAUGGUCCCACCCAGGGCAGACAUGAACACAUUCCUCAAGACCUGUUUGAAGAGGCGGACAAAGCAGCCAAGAAGAGCAUUGAAGGGGACGAUGACGAUGACGAUGAGGACGAAGAAGGAGAUGCCAUGCAGGAGUGAUUCUGUCUUGUUUAGCAAAGUCGGCACUGUAGCAUUAUUUGGAGUCUGACCUGGUCAGGCAGGGGUUUCAGAAUUGGGCGAAAUUCAAGCCUUUCAGCCUGCAUCUGCCUCGAAGCAUCUGCUGGUUUGUUGCGUUCUCCUGGAUCAAGCAAGAUCUAUGCUCAUUGCGUUCUACCUGGUAAAUUUUUGAGUAAGGAGUGGUUAUGAGCCUCCAAUUUGACCUUGAAUCCAGC